GGACCGAUGGAGGUCGCUCGCAGCCACUCCCUCCAGCCACUCGUCGCCCGCUGCAUCCGCCUUCUCUUCCCUGGCCUCGCGUCCAUCCCAGCCGCUCGCAUCCUUCUCGCACGCAUGGCCGCCGGAGGACGCGGCAGAAAGGCAGACGUCGACGCGUCCAGCCUGAACAAUGUCGAACGCCUCAUCCUCUGCCAGGCCGUGUAUGAGCACGGCUCCGACGCCUGGCCAGAGGUCGCCAAAGUGCUGUCCACGCAUCCCAUGAUCUCGCGUCCCAAAACCUUCACCGCCCAAACGUGUUCUGUGAUCUAUACUCAACUAAUGGAAGAGGCUGGAUUCGAACGCUCGGAUGCCCUUGCCGUCCGCCAUGCGCGGGUACACCAGAACUUGGCGGGGAUACACUGGCAAAGGCGUUUGCAGGAACUCAAGGAAUUGAUAGUCGCCGAAGAAACUAGAUUCAAAACUCUCGUCGCAGAGAUUGACGACAUCCGUGCUGGACGAUGGGACAACAAAAUACGCACAGAUCUCGGUCUGCCACCCGUGGAGACCGCAAGUCCCAAGCCUGAGCCUGCGGAGACGCACGCGGAUGGAGCAACAAUUGAUGUACAAGAGCCUGCUCCUGCACCUGUCGCUACAGACAUGGAGAUCGACGAAGCAGCCACCGUCCAAGAAUCGUUGGAAGUGGCUUCCGAUACGAACGCUUCGGAACAUGGGGUGCCAGACGCACAGGAGGAAUCUGACCUUACUUCAAUCGAUCAGUCCAGCCCACUGAAAGCUGUGGAUAAACCACCUGAAGAUGUCUCACCAGAGCCAGAACAUCCCCCAGCGAUCGACCUCACUGUCGAGGAAGAACCCGAAGAGCCCACCGAUGCGCCUCCUGCACUUCCAGAGCCUGAAGAAACACCAGAUGAAGACGUCGACAUGUCGAUCGAAGCCAGGUCCACCCAUUCCCCUGCAGGCGCAGCAUCGCCCACCGCUGCUCCAGAGGAGGAAGAAUCUAUUCCUACGCCAGCAGAAAUUGGGGAUAGUCCUGAGGCGCAAACGCAGCAAGACGAGGAACAGCCGCCUCCAACGCCGGCAGAAUCUCCGGAGACUGCGCUCGCCGACAUGGUAGAAGACACUAACCUGGCCAAGCAGGAGGAGUCCGCAGUGUCGACUCCUACUCCGGACGAGCCAUCACGCGCUGAUGGUAAACGGAAAGCGAUGGACAUGGAUGACUCCCUGUCGGACUCGCAGCGCGACAAGAAACGUGCCCGAGAAGAGUCCGAACCCGUCGACGAUGACGAAGCCGCACCCUCAGCAGGAACUCGCCGCCGGAUAGGCCGUCCGCCCGCCAUAGACAACCCCGUCGUCUCAAAGCGCUUCCAGAACAUGAUCGGGAUGCUGCACUCCCAGAUCUCGCAGCACCGCUAUGGCAACAUCUUCCACAAUCCCAUCCGCAAGGCGGAGGCGCCGGACUACCACGACAUCGUGAAGCGGCCCAUGGACCUCAAGACGAUUAAAUCGCGCAUCAAGGACGGCCUGGUAGCGACGUCGCUCGAGUUCCAGAGGGACGUGUACUUGAUGCUUGCGAACGCGAUGAUGUAUAAUAGACCGGGCUCUGAGAUAUAUAACAUGGCAGAGGAGAUGAUGCAAGAGAGCGAAGUGCAAAUCAACACCUUUCGCCAGACCGAGGGUUUUCACCGGAUGUAGUUGCUCACUCGUUCUUUGC